CUCUCUGCGGACCUGUAAUCCAUACAAGGGAUCAAAGCUACAUAUAUAUAUAAACUCCCUGAUUCUGUGUGGGUUCAAACACAUUUCAAAGCGCCAGUAUCCUGAAAGGUAUUGCUUCGGCUUCCUGAAGUUCGAAAUUCAGCUCCUGGUUCGUGAUGAUCCGCCUUGGAUCCAAGAGGCAAAUAAGAGAACGUCAUCAUUACAGGAACAGGUCCUGGUCGGUGAUGGUCUCAUUCCUGUUUGUCGCUGGCUUCGGGGGCCCUGCUGCUGGUCUCGCUGAAGCUUUGCAAGUGACCCAGCCAAGAGUGGUCUUGGCCAGCAUGAAAGGAGUUGCCAGCCUGGCUUGUGAAUACGAAUUCACUGGCAAAGCCAAGGAGAUCCGUGUGACCUUGAUCCGGCAGACGGGGAACGAGUUCCACGAAGUCUGCGCCUCGUCCUUCACGACUGAGUACGAGCCGUUCGUUUCAACUGAGGACAUCGAGUGUCACGUCCAACCCAGCGAAAACAAUGUGACUCUCACUUUGAUGGGGCUGAAGGCCACAGACACUGGCCUGUACGUCUGUCGAGUGGAACUCAUGUACCCUCCACCCUACUAUAUGGGCUUGGGAAAUGGAACCCAAAUCUAUGUCGUCGAACCAGAGCCCUGCCCAGACAGUGACUUCCUGCUAUGGAUCCUAGCUGCAGUCAGCUCAGGAUUGUUUAUUUACAGUUUUCUCAUCACCAUGGUGGCCUUGAGUAAAAUGAUAAAGAAAAGGAGCCUUCUGACUACAGGUGUCUAUGUAAAAAUGCCACCGCCGGAACCGGAACACGAGAAACAAUUCCAGCCCUAUUUCAUCCCCAUCAACUGAAGCUCAAGCGGCAGGGCGGGAGACAGGGGCCGUUGGUUCGCGGCAGGAAAAUCUGAAGUCUCCAUUUUGACAUCUCUUUUUGUUUUUGCUUCCUUUUCCAACAAAUUCUCUCCGAUACAAAGCUGGAUAAAGAACUCUAACUAGCUGUACUAGAAAUCCUAAGCAGAAAGCCAGCUGGCUAGAGGUGGGGGCGUUUUUGACACUUCAAAGACAGAUUUGGUGAGGACCUGGUCUGGCUGUUACAUGAAGAUAUCAUGACCUAAGAGUGGUUGAGGGGAGGAAGGGUGAUGUACC